AUAACAAGUACUCCAUCAAGGACCUUGAGACUAUGACUCAAGAUGAAGAUGAGAGCGUACAGGCAUUUGGGAAGCGUUUCGAGAAGAUCUCUGACGUGCUGAUGAAGAAGGGGAAGAUCUCAGAGGUCGAGCGUUGUACCAUCUUCAUUGGACACCUGUCCAAAGGCAGACAAAAGAGUAUAGUUAGAGAUCUCAUGCGCGACAAGCUUGACUUCCAUGAAGUCCUAAAGCUCGAAAUAAAGGCAGAGGCAGACGACUACAAGGACUUGGUAUGGAGAGGAAUGAGGAGGCGUGAUUUCUCUCUCUAUAAGGAGUAUGCCACUGAUAGAUGUCCUAAUUUCAAGGACUAUCCCUGGUCGGAAAAGAAUGAAGCGGUGGCCGAGGAAGUGAAGGAGAUAAGGGACAUGGUAAAGAGAUUGACAAGACAGGUUACAAAGAUUGUGACCAGCACAGGAACCACGACUUACCGGGACAAACCCGGAGGGCCCUAUUCACUUCGCUGGGACCAUAGAAACACCGAUUCCUGGAGGAGUGUCAAGGAUAGAAAUCCUCGAACGCUAACUGAUUAUCGUGCGAGGGAAAGGGAGAGAGACGAUGAGCCAUGGCGACGUAGAGAUGAUGAGAUAGACCGGGACCGCAAGGCUCGCGAGACGUAUGGACGUGCUAGGAAACUGGAUGAUUACUCGCGUAGCCCUCGUUAUGAGGCUGAUAGGGGUAGAGGCCAUUCUCGAGGUAGGUGGGAGUCGGAUCAGGGCCGACGAGACGGAUACAGGGACGACAGAUAUGAGAGGAUGAACCGAGAUGGAUGCAAGGGUGGCAGGUAUGAGAGAGGAGAUAUAGACGGAGACCGGCGAGAUGACUCGCGCGGACGGUAUGACCACGGGGGAUUCGCGAGGGCGCAACGUGACGAUUCGCGAGGGUGGUACAACCGAGAAGAUCGACUCGAUGAGUCACGCAGGCGAUACGACCAUGAAUACCACCGGAAUGACUCACGGGGACGAUAUGAGCAAGGAGGAUCUGGAGGAGACCGCCACAGUGAUUCGCGCGGACGGAAUGAGAGAGGGGAAUAUAGCGCGUCGUCUGAUCCGUAUCCAAAGUCCCCUGACCCCAGAGCAGCCAGGGGUUCGACCUCUAGGAGCGCAGACGACAGGCCACCCACUCCCAGGAACUUUUGCGUCUACUGUAGAGGAGAUGAUCAUAUCAAGAGAGACUGCCCGGAUCUCAAGCGGGCAAUAGAUAAGAGACUUGUCGUGCUUGAUGAUCGCAAGUACGUCAAGUGGGCAACUGAUCUGGGAGACGUAUCAAUGUUCCCUUCGAUGAAGGAGAAUGUAGAAGCAAGGAGAGUAAAGCCGAGUAAAGGAAAGGAGCCGGUUAGUAGCCAGAGCAUCAAAAUAAUUUUCGAAGGAGAUAUGGCAAUCACACCCAUAAGGGUGGCAGCCACCAAGUCGGCGAGGGGGUCUACAUCGAGGAAGACCGAUAUGGAUUACGUGAUGGCAGAGAAGGACGGACAGCGGAUCGAUGGAGAGGAGGUUAUUCUUUCACCGCGAAAGCGGGGAGUGAAGAAGUUCUUGAUGAAGAGUUCGCUGGAUGAUAUUGACACAGUCGAGCUACUGAGACGGGCCCAUCGGCAGCCCAUGUAUGAGGCUGUCAUUAUACGAGGAUCUGGCAGAGCAAGUUGGACUGGACUCGAUAGGUCAUACCUAUUCGAGAUAGAGACGGCUGAUGGGAGAAAGCAACAGAUCACAGGGGUUUGUCACAAGGCAGCCAYAGAGGUCCAAGGGGUACGAGUGACCCUGCCAGUCUUUGCAGUCAAGAACUGCAGCUCUGACCUGCUCUUGAGACGAACGUGGUUGAGCCAUGUGCAUGAGGUGACGAUAGAGCGACCGGACGGGGGUCAGACACUGUCCAUUAAGAAGCUAGAUGGGACGCGGGUUAUGAUUGAGACGGUGGAGCCUCGAAAUCCGAGGAACAGAGCAGCUCUCGAUGUGGGUGCGCGACCCAGUGAUCGGAUUAAGUCGUUACCUAUCUCCGACCUCGCGGUGCGAUUUCGCGAGAAGAAGUACGGACCUCUGCUCACAGAAGAAGAAGGCCGGAUUGUAAAAGUGGAAGAUUUAGGGAGUCGGCUGAUAGUGGACGACAACUCGUAUCCAAAGGAGGCAGAUGAGGAGUUUGGCGGCGUGGUAUCUGUGUCUUUUUUAAGGGCACGACCCCCUAUGGAGGGCUACCCAAGCGGCACAAGCGAGUAGCUCAGAAAGUUAAGCCAGCGGCGGUGGGCAGCGAUAGAUCUGCACUAGAAGGGAUAUCGAAAGAAGAGAUCGCAAAGGAAAUCAAAGGAAGAAAGAAAA